ACAAUAAUUACAGUACUGUACACACCCCUUAAAAUUAUCAGACUGGUCCGUCCCAAACUGGCCGAACAAGUGUCAAAACAAACGUUGCGUCGACACGUCGACAGUGCGUCUAAAAACAUAAGUGCAAAGUCCGACUUCCUACCUUUCACGAGCGCAGGCUGAUAAGGUAGACAUGUCUGGUUCCUCCCAGGUCAUGCUGAAGACGUCAUUCUGGACCAACGUGUUCAUAGGAGGUGGGCUGGUGUUCCUGGCCCUCGUCUUCUACCUGGGUGCCAUCCACCUGCCCAACAGCGAUCCUGAGAAAAGCGUGUCCCUCAGCAGGAAUCAGGAAGGUGGACAAGACGGUGUUGUCAACAUGAGUGACCAGAUCUACCCCCACAUCAUUGAGUUUGGCGGAGCUCGAGUGUGGUACCAGGAGAAAUCACCCCCCAACCCGAAGUGUGACGUGCUGCUGUUACACGGGCAGGCCUUCAUCUCACAGACCUGGGUGGACCUGGGGACAGUGGACAAGCUGGCAGCCGCGGGGUGCAGGGUCGUGGGGCUGGACUUACCAGGCUAUGGCAAAUCAUGGAUGGCAUCCAGGGGCCAAGAUCCCAUCAAGGCACCUGGGUUCCUGCACAAGUUCAUCACUGCUGCCAAGAUGAAUAAACCAUUCAUCGUGAGCCCCUCUAUGAGUGGCUCUUUCUCCAUGUCUCACCUGAUGGAACAUCCAGACGACAUCUCAGGCUUCAUCCCAGUUGCCCCAAUGGCCACGGAAAAUUACAAACCGGAUGAUUAUAAGAAAAUUAAGACCCCGACUCUCAUUAUCUACGGUGAGGAAGACAAGAACCUGGGUGUGCAGUCCUACGAGAGGCUGAAGGACCUGCCCAACUCUCAGGUCCACGUCCUGCCCAAGGCUAAACACCCCUGCUACUUGGACCAGCCGGACAUGUUCCAUCACCUAGUCACUGAGUUUAUCCAGAGGAACACCAAGGACUGAGGAACAGUGUUCUUAGAUGGUCCAGGUUAAUAAACCUGUUCAUAGUUCCAACUGCACAUGCAAAGUAGGGUGCAUUGUGAGUAAGGGUUAAGAAAAAAAUGUUGUUUCCCAUUUUAGUUGUGAAUUAGGGCCAGUACAUGUAGGUAGGAAUUAUCUUUUUUUUAAGUAUUUGAAAGUAAAACUGAAAUGCAUGAGGAAACUUAUAUUUUCAAUGUCAAACUUUACUUUUGUACAUAAUGGUUACAAAUCUGCUGUAGCUAGAUUCAUUCUUCAUUAGAUAGCACAGGCAGGAAGCGGGCUGAAUAAAAUUUCUAACUGGAAACAAUGUGACUCCACUGUCCAUCCCCCCCCCCAAAAAAGGUAGUGUCUGCAGGUUUUUCUAGUAUAGUUUGGGAAACAGGUUUAACACAUUUUUUUCUAGGCCUAAUAUGUCAAAGGUAAAGGCCCCUGAGUUGUGACCAUGAUUGAAGCAUAUAGUACAAGAGACGUGUUUAUGUCUCAGCUGGGGCCUUCACCUUUAAUAAUUUACCCACAAUGCAUCUCACUAUACAUGUACGUUGGAGCCAUGAACAGGGUUAUAAGAUGCAGUGUUCUAAAAAUAAGGUCUUAUAUUUUUUUCUAAUUGCAUAUAUGUAAUGCUUGUUCCUCGACUUUUGUAGAAUCAGCUGCAAGAGGAAUUUAGAAGUAGAUAAGGAAAGAGUAAUUAUAGCUGUUUAAAAUGGUUGUGGUAAAAUGUUGUACCAUUCUUAAAAUGUUUGUGGUUUAGCACCGUAACAGUUGUAUUUUACCUCUAGGUUUAAUGUUUAAAAGGGGGAAUGAUUAAUAGCUUGAAGUAGGGAUAUAUGAAUGGGCAUUGUAUUGGAAAUUAAUGUGAAAAAAUCUUUUUUGUCAAAUAUGAACAUUAUAUUCAUUAUCUUAAUUCAUAUUCAGAACACUGUUCUAAACAUGUCAUGACACACAAACACAUGUGAAAUACACAUGUACACACAUGUGUGUUGCUAAAAUGAUCUGUAAUUUUCCUGAGCACAGUGCUAGCUAAAAUAAGAGUAGUUGUUUUUUUCUGCAUAUUUAGUAGUUGUUUUUUUCUGCAUAUUUACACUGUGUGUGCAAUACUAAAUUGUAGCUAUUGUAGCGCAUUGUUCUCCAUACAGUGUAUAUACUUGAAUGUAUUCUGAUGUGAGAGAAAAUGUCCUCAGAUGAAGGUAAAUUUGUCUCAAAUGUAACUUUGGGUUAUUCAAUUUCUAUGAGUUUUCAAUUGCUGCACCUUGCAUGGAAACAAUGUCAUUACAACUCAUACAAACUACACUUAGAAUUUCUUCUAUUAUCAGAUCAAGAAGAAUGUCAGAUGACUUA